GCCUGGGGAGCGCGGAUAGAGCCUCCUGCCCCCACCUCAGCAGGUCCAGCUAGGAUAGAGACCCGCCCCGCUCCCAGUCCCGAGUGGGGGAGGAGCCACAGCCCAGGUGGAGCUGGUGAAAAGCCAGAGCUCCGGAGUGUCCCAGGCUUGGGGAAGUAGCUGCAAGCUGGCGGGCGGAGGCGAGAGCACUGUUGGUCCCAGGAUCCAGCUCUGGGAAGCUGGGGUUGUCUCCCAGGCGCUGCCUCGGAGGGCCACAAUGGAAGAGGAAGGAGUAAAAAACUUCAAGGAACUUCGAGCCAAAUUUCAAAAGUUUGAUGCCCCACCUCUUCCAGGAGCUAUCAAGUUGCUGGCUGGUGUUUCUCGAAAGGAUGACAGGGGACACACACAGCCGGCCCAGAGUGUGGCUAGCAGGAAGAGCGUGUCAUCCCAUCACCAUCUACCCCUCUCUUAUUCUUCCACCGAAGUGUCCCAGCCUCUUAAAAACCAGAAGAUGAAGUCAGGUCAGAGAGGUGAGAAUCAAAAGAAUUCCUCGGGACCGCCAGAAAAAUCUCCUGAGUGUCCUGCAGGAAAUUCCCAGAAAGCUGCCAUGCCAUCAGAUAUGAGUAAAUCGAGAGCUGAGACAUCCAACCAGGAGAAAGGAAUGAUCGUCAGCAGCUUCAAAUACAAACUUUGGAACUGGGAGAAAUUUUCUUCUCAGAAGAGUGAGGUGUCCCCAGCUUCACCCCUUACCAACUGUGGGACUAGGACUUUCCAUCUGGAAGGGCAGAAAACCACGGCUCUUGUUCAGAUAAAACCAGAGACGAGCCCAGAGGCAACAGGAACAGAGACCCUUCCUCCCCAGAGCCAUUUGAUGGUCCAGGAAAAAUCACCUGUGGCCUCUGAAGACCCUCCUUUGCCACUUCCUCAGAAUGGCAAGAAAGGGACAGAAAGCCCUGCUGAUGGGAGCCCCAGGAGUAGCCUGUACCAGCCUAUUUAUGAGUGUGAGCUUACCAGCCCGGUUCCAGAAAAGCCAGAGAGCAGAGAUGACCAGCUUCCCAAAACAAAGCCACUGCCAUCCAUUGAAACCCUCGGGCCACCUCCCCCAAAGCCUUCAAAACCCCCAUUUGUGAACCUCCAGGCCUUCCACAAGCAACGAACUGCUGUCUCCAAGACCCUGAAGGAAGUGACUGUGAAGGAGGGCCCCCUGCCUCCAGAUGGUGCUGAGUUUGAAGAGCUACAUAAUUAUGACACAAGAAUUUCAUAUCUGAGUCACUCUAGCAACUCCAUUAACCUGUGUGCUGCAGAAGAAACUUCCGAGGCCACUUAUGAAAUUGAAAUUGAAGAACUCCAAAAGCCUUGGAGGAGUUUUCUCCAUCUAGAACCGAGACCUACACCUACAGACGAAGGCAACAACAUGAAGGAAAAAGAGCCACGUGAAUUAGAACCUCCCAUGCCAGAAGAUUCACAUCCGAACCAUCCUUCUAAGGUAGGUGUAUAUGAAGAGACACCAGGAAAAGUCGAGAUGGCUGGAGUCCAUGGGGACAGAAGGAGUGUUCCAGCUGGAAAUCAGGAAGCUUUGGUCGACAUCAAUCAGAACAGGCUCUUCCCUGAGGAUGUGUUGCUGACCAGGCACUCCCAAGACAGGGGUGGGUAUGUGGAGGCUUUGGAGGUGACCAAAGAAACCCCAAGCCUAAGUACCAUUAGGUCAAACUCCUCUUCAGAGAAGACUUAUGAUGAUGUGGGAUGCUCCAGAGAAGAGCUACCAAAAUGGGACUUCUCCAGCUCAUUCACCUCAGACAGUGAAGAAAAUAGUGAAGAAAUGUAUGAAGAUAUCUACAAAACAAAGAAUAAUGACCAAAAAACAGAAGCAGAUGGAAGAGCAGCACUGAGAAGAUUGCAGCAGCUCUUCAGGAAAGAAAGGGGAAUAUUCAGAAUAAAGAAAACCAAGUCAAAAGAAAAUAUCAGCAAUGGAUUUUCCAUGUCACUGCCUGAUUUAGGAUUUAGAUCUCAGGAUGUUAUCAUCUAUGAUGAUGUGGACACAAGUGAGAAAGAACCAAAAGAUGAAGAUAAACUAAAAACGUGGAAGCCUAAGUUUUUGAUAUCAAAAGGGAAAAGAAGCGGUGACGGAUCCAAAAGCUUUUCUCCCAGAAAUUUCUUCAGAACUAAGAAGCACAACUUAGAAAAGAAUAGAAUGGAAAAAGAAGAAAAACUUUUCAGAGAAAGAUUUCAGUAUGGUAAAGAGAUCGUGGUUAUUAACAGAGCAGUGGCAUGCUCCAGCAACUCACGAAAUGGAAUAUUUGAUCUGCCAAUAACUCCUGGGGAACAGCUGGAAGUCAUCGACACCACUGAACAAAACCUAGUGAUAUGUCGUAACUCCAAAGGCAAAUAUGGAUAUGUGCUCAUUGAACAUCUACAUUUCAAGCAUCAGGGAUGAUCCCAUUAGGAAAGUAUGCAUAAGUCAGGAUGUGCCCCAAGUGUGAGUCCGGCCUUAGAGUACUCUCAGUUCCUGUGUCCAAUGAGAUGGGAUGGUCUGUGGACACUUCUGUCAGAAAGUCGGAAGAAAAUUCUCAAUGUUGGCUUUACUUCAGAAAAGUUUGUCUGUCAGUGUCUAGUUUACUGCUGGUUCAAGAGACUGUGAGACAGAGCAUUAGUAUGUGAGCGCUUGCCUUAUGGCACCAGUGAGCUGUGCAGAUGAUUAGUCAACUUCUGAUGUUAGUACACAUCGAAUGUGAUUUCUGGGUGCACAUCUACAUUUCAUAUGAACCCUAAGUAGUAAAUAGUGUAACCAUGGCACUUUCAACACUAACAACCAAAAAAAACCACACCUGAGCCAUAAUCAUUUUUUUAAGAUAAGUACUACUGAAGGAAACAGUUUGCUGAGGAAAAAAAAAUCCUUUCCAAAUUCAACCUGAAGUAUUGUUUAGAAGUGUUUAAGUACAUUUAAUGAAAAUGUGAAAAUAUAUACAUGUAUCAUGUUAAAACUUCAUACUACUUAAAAUAGGGAAAUUAGUUUGUCUAUGCCCAGAACAUAUCCAAAUAUAUUACAUUCCCAUGAUAAUUCAUAGAAAUUGCAGAGUUGUAAAUAACAUGCUGGUUCUACCUGAUGUACACUGUAUGCUAAUAAUAAAUUUUACAUAUACUUUCAA